CACCAGACGCUUCUCGACAUGCUGCUCUACGGGAUUUCUCCGUUUGUGCUCUCCGUCAAUCAUGUUUUUGCGCUCAUCUUUCUGGCGUGUUUGCUGACAGUGGUGAAGUUACUGAUUGUGAGGAGAAAGGGGGUGAAAACUAUGGAGCGUUUCCCUGGACCUCCUGCACACUGGCUCUUUGGACACGUUAAGGAGUUCCGCCAGGAUGGACAUGAUUUAGAGAAGAUCGUCAAGUGGAUGGAACUGUAUCAGUUUGCCUUCCCUCUAUGGUUUGGCCCGUCGUUGGCUGUUUUGAACAUCCACCAUCCGUCAUAUGUGAAGACCAUUCUCACAACCACAGAACCCAAAGAUGACUACGCAUACAAGUUUUUCAUCCCAUGGUUAGGCGAUGGCUUACUGGUGUCCACUGGACAGAAAUGGUUCCGGCAUAGACGACUGCUCACUCCUGGUUUCCAUUAUGACGUUUUGAAGCCUUACGUGAAACUUAUUUCUGAUUCAACUAAAGUCAUGCUUGAUAAAUGGGAAGUUCACUCCAGAUCAGAAGAGUCCUUUGAGCUGUUUAAGCAUGUAAGUCUCAUGACGCUGGACAGCAUCAUGAAAUGUGCAUUCAGCUGUAACAGCAACUGUCAGACAGACAGUGGAACCAACCCGUAUAUCCAGGCAGUGUUUGACCUCUGCCACCUGGUGAACCUCAGGUUCAGAGUGUUUCCGUACCACAGCAAGGCCAUAUUUCAUCUCAGUCCACAUGGAUACCGGUUCAGGAAGGCAGCCAGCAUUGCACACAAUCACACAGCGGAAGUUAUCAGAAAGAGGAAAGAAGUCUUGAAGAUGGAGGAGGAGCAGGGCAUUGUUAAAAACAGACGAUAUUUAGACUUUCUGGAUAUUCUUCUGUCUGCUCGAGACGAGCAUCAGCAGGGUUUGUCAGACGAGGACAUCAGAGCUGAAGUGGACACGUUCAUGUUUGAGGGCCACGACACCACGGCUAGUGGAAUAUCCUGGAUCUUCUAUAAUCUGGCUUGUAAUCCCGAGCACCAGGAGAAAUGCAGGCAGGAGAUCCAGCAAGCUCUGGAUGGAAAAGCCACGCUGGAGUGGGAAGACCUGAAUAAAAUUCCAUACACCACAAUGUGCAUUAAAGAAUCACUGCGGCUUCAUCCUCCUGUGCCAGGAAUAUCACGGAAGCUGACCAAACCCUUGACUUUCUUUGAUGGACGAACUGUACCUGAAGGUUGCACCAUUGGAGUCAGCAUUUAUGGGAUCCACAUGAAUUCCACAGUGUGGGAGAAUCCAUAUAAAUUUGAUCCCCUGAGGUUUUUGCCUGAGAACGUCGCUAACAGGUCUCCACAUGCCUUUGUGCCCUUCUCUGCUGGACCCAGGUUUGUAACCCGGAGUGUUUAAGACAUGAACGUUUUAGCAAGUGGGUCAUUCACUCCGAUUUCAGCGCACGCAGAAUAGAGCUGUUGUUUGGUUUGGAGUGUCUGUUGCUCUGACCUUAUUUCAACCCACACGAGAGCGUAAACUUUAGGAAAGAAAUGCUGAGUAGUCAAUACACCUGAAAAUAUCGUAUUGAAAGAGAUAGUUCCCCCAAAAGAGAACAUUCUGGCAUUAUUUACUCACCCUUCACUUGUUCCAAAUAUAUUUUAUUUCUUGAACUUAAAAGAAGAUAUUUUGAAGAAUGUUGAAAACGUGUAACCAUUGACUGUAAAAAAUCUCCCUAAAUUAGCAGUUCUCUGCAUUUUGUGAUUCAUGUUUUUAUUGUCUCAGUAUAUAUUGACCUUAAAAUGUUUUAAGAAAAAAUAUUAUCAGACAUACUGUGAAACAUUUCUUGCUCUGUUAAACAUCAUUUGAAAAAUAUU